AUGCCGGUGCAAGUGCCGGUGGAUGAUCCCAACGCAGACACAGAGUGGAAUGAUAUCCUCCGGAAACAUGGCAUCAUCCCCGAAAAGCCUCCAGACAGGACGGCCGAGAUCGAAGAAGCGCUUGCAGAAGCCGAGCAAAUACGGUGGCAGAGACGAUUGGAGGACAAAGACCUGGACGAGCUAGAUGAGUUGGAAGACGACGAAGACGAAGAAUUUCUUGAUGAGUACCGCCAGAAACGAAUGGGCGAGCUGCGCAGCUUGCGAGAUGCCAGCGUCUACGGCCAGGUCUUUCCGCUGCAGAAACCAGAGUACCAAAAAGAGGUCACCGACGCCUCCGCCAAAACGUCGGUCUUCGUUCUCCUUACCUCCUCCUCCGGCACGAACCCCGAAUCACAGCUUGCCAUCGAGCUUUGGCGACAAUUGGCCGUGAAGUUUGGCGAAGUCAAGUUCUGCCAGAUGCAGGCAGAUCUGUGCAUAGAAGGAUAUCCGGAUCGCAACACGCCGACUAUCCUGGUGUACAAGGACAAGGAUAUCAAGAGACAGAUUGUGACAUUGAAGGAAUUGAAGGGGUUGCAGACGAGCAUGGAGGAUGUGGAGGGAGUCUUGAUUGAUGUGGGCGCCGUGAAGUAUGGUGAUUGGAGGUUGAGGAAUCGCGAGGCGAAGGCGGCGGAGGAAGAGCCGUGGAAGAGCGUCAAGCAAAGUCAAAAAGGGCUUGAUGAAGAUGAGGACGAAUGGGAUUGA